CAGAUGAUGGGACACCUGUCCUGCUGGAAUCAGAGGCGCGCCCGCAGGAGCGAGCGUGGGAAGCGAGCGCGCGCUCUGAGAGGGGCGCACAGACGGAUAUUACCGCCUUUACCGCAUUACAGAAUCCCACUGCAUCAUAUGUGGCCAAACCAACAGCGACACAGGUGCAAAACUGCCCACAUCAGAUGGUAUCUGUGGCCAUGUGACCUGGCCUGGGCCCAUAUUCCCACUGAGUUGGACCCAUGCUCUGAAUGAUCCAGAGAUGCACAUGCCAUCCCCCAUUCAGCAGUCUUUGUCAUAUUGUGUUGCAAUCAUUCAUGGAGUAGGUGACAUGAGGGCAAGCAGGGAGUAAAAAGGGGUCCAGACGUACACGAGAUUGAGACGCGGGUCGAAAUGGAGAGAUCAAGCUCAGAGGGAAAGCCUGGAGGAGGGGAGAGUCUUUCAGCCCAGCCUGAGAAACGCUACAUCCCCCCCCCCACCCCAAGCUGAGAGCAGGCGGUAUCCAGCUCAGAGAGGGGGAGGACAGCACACCCAACUGCCUCGGUUUUACAUAUGUCAUGCGUUUGUGUUUUUCCUUGAUGUGUGUAUGCGUUUUUUGUUCUGUGGAGCACGUGUGUGUAGAUCUUUUUGAAAGGGGGCAGGGGUCUGCCCACAUGGUGAUUAAUUAUUCAUAAGGUGGGCGGGGAUAAGUCAAAGUAGGAGGUGGCAGACGGGGGAAUCUGUGUUUGCUGUGCGUGAGGGAGGCAGAAAGAGAGAGGGAACAUCAGAGACAGUUAGUAAGGGCUUGAGGUAAGGAUGCACAGAGGCAUAACAGCCCCCAGAAGACACGUCAUUAAGGAACUACACACAUGCUUUGCUUCUUGAUGGCACAGGCUGUAAGCCACAGUGACCUACUCCUCUAGUCAAAGGAUUUUAAAGCAAGCAAACAGCCAGCACAAAUAAAUGAGGAAUCUACUCUAUUAGAGAUGACAGGCCAGCUCACUCUUACCAGUUACAGAGACCUUCUUGCCUAAGAGGUCUUAGAAGUCUCUGCCAUCAUCAACCUUGAAAUUGGCCAAAUUUCCAACCAUUUUGUGUCAUACAGCGCAUCUAAAAGUGUGCAAGUAAAUCAGUAGGGACCUGGGACGGGAGGGGUCAGCCAAUUGGAGGAGAGAGAUGUGGACGCAGGAGCGGUGGGCGGCACUGGCAGUGUUGUCAAUAAUCAUGCUGCUGUCAAAGGUGGCGGCUCCAAUCGAAGUCCCACUGGACCCAAAGAUCCAGCAAGAGCUCAAACAGCCCCCCACCAUUGUGAAGCAGUCACUAAAGGACUACAUUGUGGACCCCAGAGAUAACAUCAUCAUUGAAUGCGAGGCCAAGGGGACUCCAGUGCCAACGUUUCAGUGGCGGAGGAAUGGGAAGUUCUUUAACGUGGGGAAGGACCCGCGGGUGACCAUGCGGAGUCGUUCCGGAACACUGGAGAUCAGAAGCAGUGGGAAACCGGAAGAUUAUGAAGGAGAGUACCAGUGCUUCGCCUCCAAUGACUUUGGCAUGGCGAUUUCCAACAAAAUCCUACUACGAGUGUCAAAGUCUCCACUGUGGCCGAAGGAGGUUCUGGAGCCAGUGGUUGUGCGUGAGGGGGAAUCACUCGUCCUGCCCUGCAACCCUCCUCCUGGUCUCCCCCCUCCUGAAACCUUCUGGAUGGACAGCUCCAUUAUGCCCAUAAUACAGGACAAGAGGGUGUCAAUGGGCUUGAACGGUGACUUGUUCUUCUCCAAUGUUCUGGCUAGAGAUGCCAACACUGACUACAGCUGCAACGCUCGCUUCGAGUUCACACACACCAUUCAACAGAAGAACCCCUUCACCCUUAAAGUGCUAACAAAGGAACCUUAUAAUGACACGUUUCUCAACUCCACUGAUCUGUAUGGUGCACGUAAUGUACCAGAAACCCAGCCCACCUUUCUGUCUCCAAAGGGCUUGUCCAGCUCCAAGAUAGUGCUUCGAGGGGAACAGCUUCUUCUGGAGUGUAUAGCAGCUGGAGUCCCAUCUCCUAACAUUGAUUGGAUUAAAAAAGGAGCAGACCUCCCAUCGAAAAAAGUCAAGAUUGAGAACUUCGGUAAAACUUUACGCCUCCUCAAUGUGUCUGAGGAGGACUCUGGUGACUACGUCUGCAUGGCCAGCAACAAAAUAGGCAGCAUUCGCCAUUCCAUUGAAGUCCAGGUCAAAGCUGCUCCCUAUUGGCUAGAUAAGCCCACCAAUCUGGUGCUUGCCCCUGAUGAGAAUGGACGAUUAGUGUGUCGUGCCAGAGGGAACCCUAAACCCACUAUCCAAUGGCUGGUGAAUGGGGAACCUAUUGAAAGUUCACUGCCAAACCCAAACCGGCAAGUUCUUGGUGACACAAUCCUGUUCCAUUCAGUCCAGAUAGGCAGCAGCGCAGUUCACCAAUGUAACGCCUCAAAUGAACAUGGUUAUCUAUUGGCCAAUGCGUUUGUCAACAUCCUGGACAUGGCACCACGGAUGCUAGGUCCAAAGAACCAGCUGAUCAAAGUCAUUGAAAACAACAGGACCUUCCUUGACUGCCCUUUCUUUGGCUCACCGUUCCCUUUACUGCGCUGGUUCAAGAAUGGCCUAGGCAGUGGUCUGGAUGGUGGUCAGUACAAGUUGUACCACAACGGUACUUUGGAGAUUAAACAAGCCCGGCCAGAAGACCAAGGCACCUACACUUGUGUUGCCAGUAACAUUCUGGGCAAGAUGGAGAAUCAGGUGCGCCUGGAGGUUAAAGAGCCCACAAGAAUAGUGCGGGCACCUGAACAUGUCACACAGGCCAAAGGAACCACGGUUCGCUUUGAUUGUCGAGUUAAACAUGAUCCUUCCCUUCCUGCUACGGUCACAUGGCUAAAAGAUGACAAGCCUCUAAGCUUUAACUGGAUUGGCCGGUUCAGAAAGGAUGAUGAGACCUUAACUAUUUACAAUGUCAAUCCAGAAGAUGCAGGAACCUACACGUGCACUGCCAAAACUGAGAUAGAUGAGAACUCUGCCUCAGCUCGCCUUACAGUUACAGAGGAUGACAUCUCAUCUGCUUCAAAUCGUAGUGCCUUUGCAGGUCGACCCGACCCCCCUCAGGAUCUUGAGCUCUCGGACCCUUCAGCACGUAGUGUUAGACUCACCUGGGUGCCUGGGAAUGAAAACAACAGUCCUGUUACACAGCCAGGGGCUCCAAAGUACUUUAGGAUUCAGAGGCACACAGAUGUGGUUCACCUGAAGUGGGACAAGCCCCUGGAGCCGAACGGUGUCCUGAUAGGAUACACACUUCAAUACCACACAGUGAACGGGACACAGGCGGGAGAGAGGAAGGUCCAGAGUUUUCCAGCCAACGUGACAGAGUACAUCAUGAAUCUGCCUAACCGCUUCACCCGGUUCAAGUUCUACCUUGCAGCUCGCACACAGGUCGGAGCAGGAGAAGUGUACGCCCUGGAGUCACCACAUUUCACUAAUGAAGGCACCCCAGAUACUGACUCUACAGUUGUAGCCGUUAACUUUACGGAUGCCUUGAUGUUCGAAACUCCUCCUCCUCCCCCUCCCCUCUCCACUGACCCAAUCCCAACAAUACUUACCCCAGAACCAGCCACACCAGCCCCUACAACUGCUGCUCCGCCCAAACCUACUACUACCACUACUACUACAACUACCACAACUACUACAACUAUUACCACCACUACUACAACAGCUUCCACCACGGUUCUUCCUGUUCGGCCCAUGUCUCCUAAAACAGUGGAUUGGAAAAUGCUGGCCCUGAAUGUAAAGAUCUGGAAUCUGACCGUGGAUGCUAACAAUGACUAUGCUAACGUCAGCUGGAAGCACAACUUCUCCGUUGACAGCAGCGAGUUUGUGCUAGAGUUCACACUGGACAGUAAUGGGUCGAUGAAAAGCAUACAAGUAAACCACCAGCCUCCCAUUAAGCUGGCUGGGCUGGUGGCCGGGGCCAAGUAUCGGUUGCGGGUGUAUUCCCAUGAGCACAACUCCAUCAGCAGCGACUAUGUCACGUUCGAGACAGGCAGAGCCUACAAGGAGCAGGAAGACAUUGCUACUCAGGGCUGGUUCAUUGGGCUGAUGUGUGCCGUCGCUCUAUUGGUUCUCAUCCUGCUCAUUGUUUGUUUCAUCAAGAGGAGUCGUGGAGGAAAAUAUGCAGUGAGAGACAAGAAAGACCUCCCCUUAGAUCCUGUUGACCAUAAAGACCAAGAUGGUUCAUUUGACUAUCAGAACGAGAACAGGUCUCUUGAAAGGGAAAGCAGUGACGAAGACAACAAGCCAUUGCAAGGCAGCCAAACAUCCCUAGACGGGAACGUAAAAGAGAGCGACGACAGUCUGGUGGAUUAUGGUGAAGGAGGAGACGGCCAGUUCAACGAGGACGGCUCUUUCAUAGGCCAGUACACAGUUAAGAAGGACAAAGAGGAGACAGAAGGAAACGAGAGCUCAGAAGCCACGUCACCCGUUAAUGCCAUCUACUCUCUGGCAUAGCACCCUAACCUGAGCACGGCGCCCCCAGCGGGCCGGAGGGUGCCACUACACACGUAAAAAUACAUAUAUAUAUACAUACAGAGAGAAUUACAAGUAUUCACAUACAACGCACUGGAGUGCAUGAUCCUUCUAAACAAGGGAUGGGGAAAGGCAGGUGAGCCAAAAACGGUGUUCAGAAACCUUUCUUUAAGGUAUCCCCAUGCCCCACACAGACUUUAGUGUGCCUUUAGGGCGAUGGGGCGGACUUUUGAGCUUUUCAUGUGGCUUAUGCUCUUCUUUUUUUUUUUUGUAAAUCUUUAAUCUGCCCCUUCCUCCUCCUCCUAACUGUAGCUAGCAUCAAAGAAACGGCGAUACAA